GCAGCGGCCACAUCCACUGUGGACUAAUCCCGUGUUCAGUGACGUGGUUUUAUCAUUAGCCCUUUGCAAGAUAAUAAUAAUAAUAAUAAUAAUCACUGUCUGAUUUGAAUUGUCUCAGGAUUUUUAAAGUGUUUUUUUUUUCUCGUCUCUCUCUCGCGCGAUUCUUAUUCUCCCCCCUCCUCUUUUCUACCCAUUCAUUCAUUCGUUCAUUCAUUGAUUUAUUUAUUUAUAUUUGCUUCGAUAGACCCGCUCCUUCUUCUUCAGUGGUGUCCACCCCCUCUCCUCAUCCUCCUCCUCUUCUUCAUCCUCUUCCUCCUCUCCUUCUUCUUCUUCUUCUUCUUCUUGUGUGACGCGUUGCUGGACUGAAGGAAGCUGCAGGUGCAGAACAGUGGUCAUGGGUUCUCUGGUUCAAGCUUCCUGCUAACAGAGGGACAAAGAGCGGGGCAACCGUUCAAGCCACAUCCUCCAGAGCCACCACCUUUCAACUCAGGAAGAAGAAGAGGGGGAGAAGAAAGAGGCGUAAGCAAGAAAAGGAGUGCAAGAAAGAGAGAAGGGAGCGGGUGAGAACAGUCGAUGGAUGCUGUCCGGAUUGAGGGGACAGCACGUUCUUCACUGACGAGGAAAAGAAAGAUUUCAAAAUUGAGUCGAAGGAUAGAAACUCGCCGUCAGGCAUGGUGUGUGAGAAGGGGAUCCAGAUCCUUCUCACCACCGUGGGGGCAUUCGCUGCCUUCGGCCUGAUGACGGUGGCUAUAGGGACGGACUAUUGGCUGUACUCACGUGCCCUCAUCUGCAACAGCACAGCCAACGUCACCCAGGAUGACCCCCACAACAAGGACAAGAAGGACCCGGGGGCGCUCACCCACUCCGGACUGUGGAGGAUAUGCUGCCUUGAAGGGGUGAAGAGAGGAGUGUGUUCUCAGAUCAACCACUUCCCAGAGGAUGCAGACUUUGACCAUGAUGGUGCAGAGUAUGUCCUACGGGUAGUCAGGGCUUCCAACAUCUUCCCGAUCCUCAGUGCCAUCCUGCUGCUGAUGGGAGGAGUGUGCAUCGCUGCUAGUCGUUUCUAUAAGAGCAAAAGAAACAUCAUCCUUGGGGCUGGAAUACUUUUCGUGGCUGCAGGUCUGAGUAACAUAAUUGGGGUGAUCGUGUACAUCUCUGCUGCUUUGGGAGACAUCUCCCCAAAGAAGGACGAGGAUAAGAAGUGGCAGUACUCGUACGGGUGGUCCUUCUACUUCGGAGGCCUGUCCUUUAUCAUGGCUGAGAUGGUCGGGGUGCUCGCCGUCAACAUUUACAUUGAGAAGAACAAGGAGCUGCGCUGCCGCUCACGCACCGACAUCUUCAAGAGCACCACACACGCUAUGCUCCGCCUGCCCAGCUACCGCUUCCGCCGCAGAUCCCGCUCCUCGUCCCGCUCCACUGACCCCUCCCGGUCACGGGACCCCUCGCCUGUGGGCGGAGGUGGGGGCAAGAACUUUGGCCUGCCCCCAUCUGCGCUGCUUUCCCAGGGCCCCAUCUCAGUGUCCACUUUACCUAACCCCCACUCUCGCUCCCACACAGCCUUGGCCGGAGGCGACAUCUCCCUCUACACCUUGUCCCGCGACCCCAAACUGGGGGGCUUGCCACCCAUGUACGGAACAGUGGACAGGGCCACACUCUACCAGCUCCACAACUGCUUCCCAAAGGAUGGGGGAGGAGGGGGAGUGAUCAUGAGUGGUACACUUCCCUCGCUUAAGUCCCACAACCCCUCAAAUUCUUCCAACUCGAACGCGCAGAUGCCCAACUCUGUGGGCUCCGGCCCUCCACCCUUCACCUCAUCCACCGUAGACAGGGAGAGAGGGAUGGGAACUCUGGACAGGCUGAAGGGAGACAGGGAGAGCAACUCCAACACCCUCAAUAGGAAGACAACGCCUGUGUAGAGAGAGGUCAUGAGAGGGAAAGGCAAGGAGGAAGGGAGAAAAGAAGGAUGGUUAGUGAUAUAAGGAGACAGAUAGAGAGGAGCACUGUGUUUGUGUGACUCAACAGGAAGUGAAUAGGAGACACACAAAGGAAAUGGUAUAUCCCUCCCUCCAUGUUCACUGUUACUAAGUCUACUCGAGCUCAAUGAGAACAAGAACAAGUGUAAUAACAGAGCGAUAAUAACAACAACAAUGAACUUUCACAAGAAAAGUAUUUUGAUAUUUUAAUGUGCUAGAAAUGAUUUAUUUUGUUAAUGAUCAAACGCAUUUAACCUUGGGCUAUUAUGAAAAUGUCUCACACACAUUCUUUGUGCAAUAUUAUCGCUAAUUUAACCUGAUCAGCAUUGAUGUAAAAUUGUUGUUGUGAUUAUUCUUAGCGUUAUUACAGGCUAGCUAUCUUUGCAAACACACUGUAGAUCGAAUGACGUGUCGAUUUCCACGUUUGUUUGUUGUUUGUUUGACUUUCAUUUUAGAUCUUGACGAUGUUUACUGUGAAUUCUUCCAUGUGCGGCCGCUGCCGCCGUCGGCGCGCUGUGUGAAACUGUGUCAAAGUGUCAAGCAUGAGUGUGCACAAUACGUGGGAGAAUGUGAGCCUGUGUUGUUUUUUUAUAACCCCUAUAUUUCAUUUAUAACAUGAAGUCAGAUGUGAAUACUGCAAAUUGUCUUCCAAUAUUGCUACGGAGAGAAAUGCAACAAUAAUGCGAGUGACUGAGACAACUGACCAACUUCAUUGUUCUUUCGAGUCUGUGUUUUUUGCAGGCUUGUGUUUGUCUUAUUUUCAUUCUUAUCAGUGUUAACAGUAGUACUUGUAGCUAUAGUCGUGUUGAAGAUGUUUGUUCUUGGGCAUUAACAUAAACCUCUGACUAGAGGGAGCAGAAAAAAAGGGACAUAGAAUAAUACAUUUGUACAGAAUCAGGUAACGGUUGCUGCCUGAGCAGAAAACAACAACGAGAAAAGAAAAGAAAAAAAAAGAAAAAAUCCGAGUCAUGUUUUCUCCAUGAAAGAGUCCCAAAGUGACACAUGCAACUCAUCAUUUUCAGUGGCAAAAAAAUAUAAUAUGUAUAUGUGGGAUGAGAGGGUUCAAAACACUAUAGAGAAAAACUUUUAAAUAUUCCUGUACAUUGUAAUUUAAGCAUACAUAUAUUUGUAAAGUCUCCACAUACGUCUUCGGGACCACUGUUCAAACUGGUUAUGCAUAUGCGGGUUUGGAUGAAGUGUUUUGUUCCUGAUGCCUUCCUUGGACUCAUGCUGGGUGAUUUCACCCCCCGCGCCGCCCCAGGGUGCCACUCUUGGCCCCUCCCCUCCUGAUAUCAGGUCACAUGAUCAGUGUUUCCCCCUACUUUGUCACAUUACCCUUAACCUUCUCACUGUGCUUCCCCUGUGACGGCUGACUCUCGAAUCUGAACGCGGAGCUGUUCUGUUUAUGUUGAUGAGUUGAUGAGAAUGUAAACACGUCGAGUCCCCUCCUCCCCUCGUCCACUCUCUCUCUCUUCUAAACCGUCCUGGGUGACUGCAGACCCUGGACUGAAACCAUGGACACACCUGCUACAUGACAUAACUAAGUCAACAAAACAGACGACCAGAUGCUUCCAGAUUCUACAACUUUUCAUUUCUUUGAUUUUGUUUCAGAAAAAAGAAAAAAAUGUGAUAAAACUGCACACAGAUAGCAUUUAUGUGGGCAAUAUGAAAUAGUAUGUAGUUGAGAAUAGAUAUAUCUAGACAAUGAUUAUGGUUUAUCUAAAUGUGUGAUAAACUUAAACACUGUAUUGCACGAAGUUUAUAAAAAAAAUAAUAAUAACAAAGAUAUU